AUGCCCGGACAAGUUUAUACUAAAGCGGUGCGACGAUUUAGCAAGGCUCCUCGUUGUCUCGAGGGUAAACCUGGCUAUUCCAAAACUUUGAAUCUUCCGAAAACUGCUUUUGGUCCAAAGAUCCCUCGCGAUAAAGUUAGGGACCAGCUUAUAAAAGCUACUAGUGAAGACUUGUAUAAAUGGCAAGAAUCAAGAGACAGCAAUAGUACAAAUGGCGAGUUUAUACUACAUGAUGGUCCACCAUAUGCAAAUGGUGACUUGCACAUGGGUCAUGCGUUGAAUAAGAUUUGUAAAGAUAUAAUCAACCGUUUUCAGUUGAUAUAUAAUGGCAAAAAGAUCAAGUAUCAACCAGGUUGGGAUUGUCAUGGACUUCCAAUUGAAAUGAAAGUUGAAAACCAAUUAAGCAAUGCACAGUUCAAAGACCCUGUGGAAACAAGACGAGCGUGUAAAGAAUGGGCACAGGCACAGAUUGAAAAUCAAAAAAGUCAGUUUCGCCAAUUGGCCAUAAUGACGGACUUUGACAAACCCUACAUAACAAUGCAACACAAGUAUGAGAUAAACCAGUUGCGCGUUUUUAUCAAGUUGGCUGAACUCGGACUCUUGUCUCAACAGUUGAAACCUGUUUGGUGGGGCUGUGAAACACAAACUGCCUUGGCGGAGGCAGAAUUGGAGUACAAUGAUAAUCACAAAUCUGUGGCCAUAUAUGUCAAAUUCCCAAUAGUGAGUGAAGGUUUAAAAAAAUAUAUUCCUGAAAAACACCAGGAACAGGGGAAAAAUUUGCAUUUUUUAAUUUGGACUUCGACACCAUGGACUAUACCAGCAAACAAGGCAAUUUGUGCUAAUAAAGAUGUCAUGUACACAUUGAUUACCAGCGAUAAAGAGGUGUUGGUAGUUGCUGAGAACUUGGCGGAUACCGUGAUUGAGUUGGCACCUGAUUCAAACUUUCAAAAAACAAAUGUACAGAUUCCAGGCUCGGAACUUGUUGGUGAACAAUACAUUAACCCAGCUAAUGAAGAUAAUGUCAAAAGACCUGUUUUACAUGGUGAUCACGUGGUUGUCACCACGGGUACGGGACUUGUACAUACAGCACCUGCACAUGGACGCGACGACUAUCUUGUAGCAAAGCAUAACAAUAUCAGCCUUGAGGAGUCUAUAGUGAAUAAUCAAGGAAGGUACGUUGAAGGGAAGAAUAGUGGCUUGCCUCCAGGAUUUGCAAAGUUGGCAUCACACAAGGUGAAUGAAGUCAAGACUAAUAUGCAAUGUGUCGAGAUUAUGAAACUGCAUAACAUGAUCUACCAUAUGAACAAAAGCUUCAAGCAUUCAUAUCCUUAUGACUGGAGAUCUCUGACACCCGUGGUCCAAAGAGCUACCCCACAAUGGUUUGUUAACGUGGAAAAAAUCAAACCAGAAGCGUUGAAAGCAUUAGAGAAUGUUGAAUUUUCGCCAGCCGGAGGAUACAGCAGAUUGAAAGCAUUUGUAGAGAAUAGGUCUGAAUGGUGCAUCUCUAGACAAAGGUGUUGGGGUGUACCUUUACCCAUAGUCUACAAUAUUCAAACUAAUGAGCCAGUUUUGGAUCUUGAAGUUCUCGAGUACACUGUUGGCAAGAUUGCAGAAUUUGGCACAGAUGAAUGGUUUGUUAAAGAAAAUGAUAUUGGUCGCUGGCUUCCAGACAAAUUGGACGGUACCAAAUAUUACAAGGGACAAGAUACGAUGGAUGUUUGGUUUGAUUCUGGUACUUCAUGGUCGACUUUGAGAAAUGACAUUAAAGAGUGCAACGAUGUUGACGCCCCAUUAGCUGAUAUAUAUCUUGAAGGUAGUGAUCAACAUCGCGGUUGGUUCCAGUCAUCACUUCUCAACAAGAUAAUCUAUUCUGGAGUUGUUCGCAAAGGAGUAGACGUUUUUGAUGCAAAAGCGCCUUUCAAAACAGUUAUCACACAUGGCUUCAUAACUGAUGGAAAGGGCCAAAAGAUGUCAAAAUCGAAAGGCAAUAUAUUUUCGCCCAAAGAAGCAAUUGAAGGGUGUAAGAAACCAUUAACGCCAUAUUUAGGUACCGAUGGGUUGAGAUUAUGGGUGGCAUCUUCCAAUUACAAACAAGAUGUCAGUUUCAACCCAGAAAUUCUCAAUAGAGUUUCCGAUAUGGGUAAGAAAUAUCGUCUCACUUUUAAAUACAUCUUGGGAAAUCUUUAUGGAUUCAAGGAGGAGCAGGAGAAGGAGGGUUUAGCAAGCAACUAUGACUUGUCAUUACUUGAUAGGUAUGUUUUGCAUACAUUGUACACUUUGCAGCAGACCUGUUUUGAUAAUUAUAGCGAGUACAAUUUUUCAAGGGUGGUUAGUUCCAUCAAUGCACAUGUCAAUUCGGUUUUGAGUGCAUUAUACUUUGACGUCAGCAAAGAUUGUCUUUAUACCGAUGCGUCAGACUCUCCUAGACGGAAGGCUAUCCAGUUUGUCUUGAAUGAGACUUUGAAGUGUUAUAUUCUAGCAUUGGCACCAAUACAACCAUUACUUGUGCAAGAAGUGUGGAGCCAACAUACAGGUCAAGAAGAUGCGUCGCCAUUUAAGCAACAGCAAGGGUAUUUCAAAGUUCUGCAAAAGUAUGAGAACCAUGAGUUGGCUGAACAGUUCAACACCUUUUUCAAUUUGAGGGACCUUGUGAACAAAGAGAUUGAAAUGUUGAAGGAGAAUAAAUUCUUCAAGAACAAGUUAGAGUUGGAGCUUCAAUUUUACAUUGAUGACAAGAGCUCUAGCAUGCACGGAUUUUUGAAACAAGUAGAGACAUACCUUGAAGACCUCUUCUUGGUUUCCAAGGUUUCUCUUUUAAAUGAACCAAUUGAUGGUGAUAUGGUUCCAAUUGAAAUCAAGGGAGAGAAGAUUCUGUUAAAUAUUACAUUAUCCGAUCAACACAAAUGUCCUAGGUGCUGGAAGUUCAUUGCAGAUGAAGAAGAAACCCUUUGUAAAAAAUGUGAUAGUGUUGUAAACACAUAA